CGUAUAUAUAUUGUUUGUCUUCGCAAUUCCAGGAACAUUACAGAUAUCCAAUUAAAGUGAUUUAUAUGCGAAAGAAAUCGCAGAAAGAAAGCUGACCGCGCUCAGACAUUUCAUGGAAUACCCGGACGGUGUUAGAUCAGAAGGACUCUGUUCGAAAAUAUUUUCGCGGUCUUCGCCCCAAUCUUGUGAAGUGUAGAAGAGAGAGAUUUAUCAAAGGAAGGAAGGGACCUGCCGCUCCUUUCUUCCUUUUAAUCUCGUGAAGUACAGGAGGAAGAGGGAGACGGCGAGGGGAAAAAGCAUCGCGUGAGUGAUUGCUGGAGCUCGGGCCGUUCCCCUCGCGCGCGCUCGCCCCAUGGCCGCGCCGACCCCGUGUGGCCGAACGCGUUUUCCUGGCGGUGGCGGUGACGGCGGUGACGAGGAGGAAGACCUGCUGCUGCUGCGGCUGCACGGCUGUCCCCCGGCCCCCUUCGUGCCCCCCGUGCGCUCCGCGACGCCCCUCGGGAGGAGGAAGUGGAGGAGGGUGAAGAGGAGGGCGAGUGGGACCCGGGGCCGUGUGUCGCGCGGGCACCUCCUCGUUAAUCCGUAACGAAGAGGAGGAAGGAAAGACACGGAGAGAAAGCGAGGAAGAGAAAAAGAUCGCGAGAGUAAGGGAGUGGAAAGACGGGUGACCUCUUUGUCUUUUUACAUCACUGUUGUUAUUAUUAUUGUUCUUCCUCGGCUGCCUUGAGGCGACGCUCUUAUCUCGCUGCCCUCAACCACCCCCUCCCCCUCUCGUCGAUGAGUAGAUAAAAUCUUAUCUCGGCGAACUUGGAGGCUGUGGCUGCUGAGUGGCGCUCGAGGUCCGAAGAGGAAAAACGGACAGAAAAGGAAGAAAAGAGAAGGAUAAACGUAGAGAAUAAAGAAAGAGAGAGAGAGAAAUGGUAAGGAAAUGAAGCAAUGAUUAUUAUUGAUACGUGGUCGUAGAAAGAAAAAAAGACUGACAGAGGGACGGAAAUAAAAGACUAGUGAAAUAGUCUCUGGAAUUUCUGUGCCGUAAUUUAAAAGAAAAGUGAAAAAUAGUGUUUCUAACGAGUAAAAAUGUAAGUUGCCUUUCGUCCCACUGAAGAGAUAUUUUGAUAACGCAUUUUAAGUAUAUUUUUGUAUAUAAAGAAUUAAGAGUUGGUAUUUAUUUUUCUGUCGUAGUGAGAAGAUAAGUAUUAGAAAGUGAUAUUCCCGAGAAGUGAAAAAAGUAGUAGGCUUACAAGGAGAGCGAAAAAAGUGAUAGGCCUAAGAAGGGAAGAAAGUGAAAUUGUUGAUAUUAGCAAUAAUAAAAGUAGCAGGAUAUAUACUUGAAAGGAGCCACGAGGCCGAGGCAUUGGAGCAGAAGGAAGAGCAGAGGACCCGCGGGCAAACCCAUUGCUUUUGGCGCGCCGACCUCAAGGAGGAGCGAAUGGUGGUUCAAGAAUCGGCCCACGGAACCGGAAGUGACCCGUUCGAGUGUGAGCUUCAGAAUGGUCGCCCUCGGCUGGCCCUGAAGAGGCGGAGGAGGAGGAGGAGGAGGAGGUGGUUCGAGGACGAGGUGAGGCAAGCCCAGCGACUCAGGGUCAUGCUUUGCGUCGAGACCAUGAGGACGGAACUGGUCAAGCUGGACGGCGUCGAGUCUGACUACGUCCUCAUCAACCACAUCAAUGGUGAUGAAAUAGUGGCGGUGUACUGCCUGCAGAAAGGUUGGGGCAGCCACAGCGAUGAGGUCAAGAACAGCCAGGGCGGGUCAGACGGCAGCGCUGGCGACCCGAGUGCCGUGCCAGGAGCCAUGCCCAUUGGCGGAGAGCUGACGGUGGGCGGGGCGGGGGGUGGAGCCUCGCACUCGCCCCUCCUCAACUAUGACCCCGAGUGCGCGCGCAUGGAGGCGUGGCUGGACGAGCAUCAGGAUUUCGUUCAUGAUUAUUUCAUAAGGAAAGCGUCGCGGCACAUGGUGGACGCGUGGCUGGUGUCGCACGCCCUCCCGCAGAACAUGGGCGGCCCCGGCGGUGCCCUCGGCGGGGGCGCGGCCGGGGGCGGAGCCGGAGGAGCAGGAGGGGCGUUCGGCGAGGGCCCCAACGGCAGCGCGCUCGGGGGUCAGCCUCCAGGGUCCCGCGCUUCGUCAGGCCCCGACAGGAAGGUGGCGGUGCGUCGCCUGCCUCGCGCGCGCAGCUUCGAGCCGCUCUCGUCGUGGUGCAGAGGCGGCGGCGGCGGCGGCGGCUGGGGCGGCGGCGGCACGGCGUGGAUCGGUUCGCAUCGGCUCUCUCUCUUGUUUCCUUUUGUUUUCUUUCUUGGUGUGCUUUCUUGGUUGUGAUGAUGUUUACGAGUU